UUAAAAAGUGACUAUGUAUCUUUUUUGUUAUUCAUAUGACUUCUUUAACCAUGAUUCUCUCUUUCAGUCAUUGUCCACAAGCCAAGCAUACAGCAGUUGCUGACACUCCAGAGAUUCGAAGGUUGGCUGAAAACACUAAGUUGCAGAGCAAUGUAAAAUAUCAUGAAGAUUUUGAAAAGGCAAAAGGUAAAUUUACACAAGUGGCUGAUGAUCCUGAAACACUGAGGAUUCGCAAUACUUCUAAAAUCAUCAGCAAUGUCUCUUACCAUGGGGAGCUUGAAAGGAAAAAGCAAAUGGAACAGAAGCGUCAUUUGGUUCCCGAAAAGAAUGGGGUUCCUGUUCCAAUUAAUGGUAGUGGAGAAAUUAGCAGAAGUCCAGAUUUUAAUGAACGUAAUGCUCCCCACAUUGCAGCCACAUCCCAGCCCAUACGACCCCAGUCCCCUCCUGGCCGGAUUGCAGAUUAUGAACCUCAAAUAGCCCCAGAACAUAAAGAUUCGCCAUACUCUGCCAAACUCACUUCCACUGUCAUCUACACUUCUCAAGAAGGCCCAGGUAUAUAAGGAUUACUGAAAAGA